AUGGAAGUGGAUAACUCCACAAUUGGAGAUGAAGAUAAUGAUGAUGAGGAUACGAGAACUUUAUAUGAGUCGGUUGAUUUGUCCUCCUCACGGCGCGGUUCAAGAAUCAGCGGGGCACGUUUAAGAUAUGGCCGUUCUGCCAAGGUGCUUCAGAGGGCAAUUAGCUCACUCAGUAAUCAGGACGGAGCACGCAGACCAACGAGCAGCAGCAUAUACGAAGUUCUGACGGGGCCAACAAGGCGCGAUAGACAGCACGGAUACAUUGAAAUGAGUGAUAUGCUGGUGAGCAACACAAGCAGCAACAUCACUCCAUACACGACUGCCGAGACCAGCCAGGCUGAUGUGUGCUAUGCCCCACUUACAGAAAGCGCGAUGAGACCAGAGAACGGAGCCAGUAGUAGCCAGCCAGUAUCUUCUAAGCGUACAGACAAAAUUGGACUACCGGAUGGGCUCAUGGACAAAGCAUGCAGUGUGAUCACUCCUUACACAACUGCUGAUACCACCCAGGCUAGUUCGCACUAUGCCCCACUGACGCCAAGCGUGAAGGAAGUAGGGGACUCCACUGACGGUAAUCUCGCGGCAUCUGAUGAUCGCUCGGAGCCAGUUGGACAAUUCUCCGAACGCGACGUGCCUGUGGACGAAGGAAGUAGUGACUUCUCCCCAUACACAAAUGCUGAUAACAACCAAGAUGCUGCGACCUACGCGCUACUAGCAACAAGCGGAAUUUACGCAGACGAAUCCACCGGCAGCAACUUCGAAGCAACAUCUGUGCGUUCGGAGCAAGUGGGACCAUUCCGCGACCGAGAUGUACUCAUAGACAACACGCCCAGCGACCUCACUCCAUACACAACUGCUGACACUACUGCAGCUGAUGCAUACUACACCCUGUUGACAAAAAGCGGGAUGAUACCAGGCGAAUUUACCGGCCGUAAACUCGACGCAUCUUCUCUGCGUUCAGAACAAGUUGGAUCAUUGUCCGACCACGGCAUGCCUGUGGGGAACACAUGCAGUGAUAUCAAUCCCUACACAACUGCUGACACUACAGAAGCGGAUGCGUACGAUUCGCCUCCAACUACAAACGCGAUCAAAACAAAGGAAACUACCGGUAGUAACCUCGCAGCAUCUUCCCUGCGCUCGGAGCAAGUUGGAUCAUUCCCCGACCGAGAUGUGUCUGUGGACAAAUCAAGCAGUGACGUCUCUCCGUACACAACUGCUGAUACCACGCAAGCUGAAGCGUACUAUGUCCCGCUAACACCAACCGUUAUGAAGCUUGAGGAAUCCACAGGCAGUAAUCUCGAAGCACCUGUGCGUUCGGAGGUAGUGGGACCACUUCCAGAUCGUAUGGCUGCAGGCCCUGAUACUCAACAGAACACUGUACGCAUCAGAUCUGAAUCGCCAGGAACAUAA